AUGGAGAGCGAGCCUGUGAGUGUCAAGCUUGUCUUGGUUGGUGAUGGCGGUACAGGGAAGACAACAUUCGUAAAGCGUCAUUUAACUGGCGAAUUUGAGAAGAAGUACGUAGGUAAGUCAUCCAACUCCCUAAUUUUGACUUGCGACAGCCACGCUUGGCGUCGAGGUUCACCCUCUAACUUUCCACACGAACCGUGGGCAGAUCAAAUUCAAUGUGUGGGACACUGCUGGUCAGGAGAAAUUCGGUGGAUUGCGUGAUGGCUACUACAUUCAGGGACAGUGUGCAAUCAUCAUGUUCGACGUUACCAGCCGUGUCACAUACAAAAAUGUGCCCAACUGGCACAGAGAUCUUGUUCGUGUUUGUGAGAAUAUUCCAAUCGUCCUUUGUGGAAACAAGGUUGACAUUAAGGACCGAAAAGUGAAGGCGAAAUCCAUAACCUUCCAUCGGAAGAAGAACUUACAAGUAUCUACCACUUGUCAUAUUAACGUCCUUAGUACUACGAUAUCUCGGCCAAGUCCAAUUACAACUUUGAAAAACCCUUCCUCUGGCUUGCUCGCAAGCUGAUUGGCGAUCCGAACCUGGAGUUUGUGGAGAUGCCCGCCUUGAAACCCCCGGAACUCCAGAUGGACGCAGCGCUUGCCGAGGCUUAUGAAAAAGAGAUAUGGGUGCGUUGCCUCUUCCCAACUUACAUCUUUCGAUUUAGCUGGCUGCCCAAGCUCCACUACCAGAUGAGGGUGACGAAGAUCUGUGA